CGUGAGUCGAUGGACGUCUUCGAGGGCCGAGCAUCUUGCCCCUCCCCUCGUGCAUUUGUUUGUAAACCCGCUCGACGGGCCGUAGUAAGGGCGCCGGCCGUCACAAACGCUGCGCUCGCGCAUACUUCGAUCGAGGCAACAUUCAAUCGUGAAGUAGCGUGCGAAGCGGAUCGCUGAGCGGUGUCGGUCGCGCGCUUUCAGUUUACGGAUCGCGACUAGUUGACAGUUCUAGUGGACUCAAGGGUUCAAGUGGAUGAGUAAAGUGAUGUCGAAGGAUAAUCAAAGGUUUAGCCGGCUGGGCGUGCUGGCGCCGGCUGCCCUGUCCGCCUGCAUGGACGCCUCGGUGCUGGCGGUGCCGGCCGCCGGGGCCAUCGUCUCCACAGUCCUCAAGGAGCUCAGCAAGGCGUUCAUGCUGAAAAAAUGGUUCCACGGAGUGAUGUCGGCGAAAGAAGCGGAGCUGCUCAUCAUGCAAAAGGGGAAGAAUGGCUCCUUUCUCGUGAGGGAGUCUCAAGCCCACCCUGGGGAGUUCGUGCUAUCUGUUAGAGUCAGGGAGAGAGUCAGCCACGUCAUGAUCAGAAGACAACACGAUAAAUACGACGUUGGCAGUGGAGAGCAGUUCGACGACUUAGUAGGAUUAAUUGAACACUUCAGACUGUACCCCAUGAUCGAGACAUCUGGUGAUGUGCUGCGACUCCUGCAGCCUGUCAGCGGGACCCGGCUCCGAGCACAUGACAUCGACCGCAAGGUCCAGGAAAUGCAGGAGAUUGAGGACUAUCAGAAGCUGGACAACAAAUGCGGAUUUGACGGAGAGUUUCAGUCGCUGAAGAUGUUGGAGGAUCGCCAUAUUUUUACCAACUUCGAGGGUACCAGACCAGAGAACGCCCUUAAGAACCGAUACAGAAAUAUUUUACCUUAUGACCAAACUCGUGUGGUUCUUCGCCGGCGAGACAAUAGGCCAGAGUCAGACUACAUCAACGCUAGCUACGUCAGAUCCUCGAGGCUUAGCGACUCCUCCUCAUCCGUACAGUCCUCAAAUGAGAGCCUGGACAGUGUUCAAUCUCUGAUCCUGAACAGUGAAUCGAAGAAGGCACCACCUCUAGUUUCCAAGUCCCUUUCUGAUGAAGCAUUGAGAGAAGUGAAAAAAUGUUUAAAACUGGAUAAAAUUAACGGCAACCUUUGUCGUGAUGUAACAGUAAAAGACAAAACGUACAUAGCUGCCCAAGGCUGUCUCUCCAACACAAAAGACGACUUUUGGCGCAUGAUAUGGCAGGAGGACGUUAGGGUUAUAGCUAUGAUCACUAACGAAGUGGAAAACGGCAAGAAAAAGUGUGAAAGGUAUUGGCCGUUGUCUGGACAUGAGGAGCGGUUCGAUGGUCUUACCGUGAAGUCCAUGUCAGAGACACAUUAUGAAGAAUACCUACUUCGGGAGUUUGAUGUCAGCAAUGACAAAAGCUGCCGAACGGUCUUCCAAUACCAGUUCACUGCUUGGCCUGACCACGGUACACCUGGUGAUCCUGAUGGAGUGCUGUCCUUCAUAGAUGACAUCAACCGACGUAUGAUUAAGAAUUCCCAAGAAGCUGAUGCUCCAGACCAGAACAUCCUCUGCGUGCAUUGCUCCGCUGGCGUCGGCAGGACGGGCACAUUCAUAGUUCUGGACAUGUUAAUCGAUAGAAUAAAAACAUCUGGUGAGAUUAAACACUCUAUUAUGAUCCUUAUGCCCUUCUUUUUAAGUGAAAUGCAAUGCGAAUUUCCUAACUUUGUUUGCGUUUGCUAUUGUUUAACUCUAUGCGAAUAAUAUUUUUUCUAUGUUUCUUCCAUGGCGAUUGUUCUCAAUUUAGUGUUGUUUUUCAUGGUCUUAUGUGAGAUUGUUAUUUUAAGGUUUUAAUUGUGACAUCGACGUCCAUUCCACGGUGAAGCUAGUGAGGGCGCAGCGCAACGGUAUGGUGCAAAACAAAAUGCAGUAUAGGUUCAUUUACCUGGCACUUCAAGAGUACAUUGAUAGAAGAAACAUCAAACUGAGAAAAAAGUUUUACAAAUCGGACGCGUGAUUGAUGAAACAACCAAAGCUGAAGUUUUAGUGUAUAUUUAGUGAUCGUAGCUAUUUAUAAUUUAUCUAAUUAUUAUUAGUUUUAUUAAUGUGGAACCAUUUAUCCAGUCAGUCAUAAUAAUUUCAUAUUUAAGUUUUUUUCAAUAAAUGUCUGUGUAUGAAAAUGAAAGUUUUAU